UAUAAUUAGUCGUGUUCCGUCUCCCCGAGUAAGUAGUAGUCUGGUCUCGGUCCGGAGCUGAUCUGGCCAGCUGGUUUUAGUCUUUAGUCAGCGCUGUGGAGUGGUGAUCGGUUCGGAUCGGAUCGCUCGGUUGUGAAUGCCCAGCGACGGCAACAUAUAAACUUCAAAUUCGACGAGGACAGAGCAAAUAAUUGUGCAGGCUUAAGUGCAUAGGGCAUCAUGUUGCCCUUCUGGAAGCGGCUGCUAUACGCCGCUGUGAUCGCGGGAGCGUUAGUCGGUGCCGACGCUCAAUUUUGGAAGACGGCUGGUACGGCCGGUUCGAUUCAGGACUCCGUGAAACACUACAAUCGAAAUGAACCCAAGUUCCCAAUCGACGACAGUUACGACAUUGUAGACUCUGCCGGCGUGGCGCGCGGCGAUCUGCCGCCCAAGAAUUGUACGGCCGGAUAUGCGGGCUGUGUGCCCAAGUGCAUAGCGGAGAAGGGCAACCGUGGUCUGCCGGGCCCUCUUGGACCCACGGGAUUGAAGGGCGAAAUGGGUUUCCCUGGCAUGGAGGGACCAUCUGGUGACAAGGGUCAGAAGGGUGAUCCCGGCCCAUACGGACAGCGUGGUGAUAAGGGUGAGCGCGGAUCGCCUGGUCUUCAUGGUCAGGCUGGUGUACCCGGAGUCCAGGGACCCGCCGGCAAUCCCGGAGCCCCUGGUAUCAACGGUAAAGACGGUUGCGACGGACAGGAUGGUAUUCCUGGCUUGGAGGGUCUAUCCGGAAUGCCCGGACCUCGCGGAUAUGCCGGCCAGCUUGGCAGCAAGGGCGAGAAGGGUGAACCGGCAAAGGAGAACGGUGAUUACGCGAAGGGCGAGAAGGGUGAGCCCGGUUGGAGGGGGACUGCCGGUUUGGCUGGACCACAAGGAUUUCCUGGAGAAAAGGGCGAGCGCGGCGACAGUGGACCUUACGGAGCCAAAGGACCCCGGGGUGAGCACGGUCUGAAGGGAGAGAAGGGUGCCUCCUGCUACGGACCCAUGAAGCCUGGUGCACCGGGUAUCAAGGGCGAGAAGGGUGAGCCCGCGUCCUCGUUUCCCGUCAAACCGACCCACACGGUGAUGGGACCUCGCGGCGAUAUGGGACAGAAGGGAGAGCCUGGCCUAGUUGGCCGCAAGGGUGAGCCCGGACCUGAAGGCGACACUGGACUCGAUGGACAGAAGGGCGAGAAGGGUCUGCCCGGCGGCCCAGGCGAUCGCGGUCGCCAAGGUAACUUUGGACCCCCAGGAUCUACAGGACAAAAGGGAGAUCGUGGCGAGCCGGGCCUUAAUGGUCUGCCCGGUAAUCCCGGACAGAAGGGUGAGCCAGGACGUGCUGGAGCGACAGGUAAGCCUGGUCUGCUCGGUCCUCCGGGACCGCCAGGCGGUGGCCGUGGAACACCAGGACCCCCGGGACCCAAAGGACCCCGCGGCUAUGUUGGCGCACCUGGACCCCAGGGAUUAAACGGAGUUGAUGGACUACCGGGUCCUCAGGGAUACAAUGGACAAAAGGGAGGUGCUGGUCUGCCCGGUCGCCCCGGCAACGAGGGACCUCCUGGCAAAAAGGGAGAAAAGGGAACCGCAGGACUUAAUGGACCAAAGGGAUCCAUCGGACCCAUUGGACACCCAGGACCACCGGGACCAGAGGGACAGAAGGGUGACGCCGGUUUGCCCGGUUAUGGCAUUCAAGGAUCUAAGGGAGAUGCUGGCAUACCUGGUUAUCCCGGACUAAAGGGUAGCAAGGGAGAGCGCGGCUUCAAGGGCAAUGCUGGUGCUCCCGGUGACUCCAAGCUGGGUCGUCCUGGAACUCCCGGUGCCGCUGGUGCUCCUGGACAAAAGGGAGACGCUGGUCGUCCCGGCACUCCUGGCCAAAAGGGAGACAUGGGUAUCAAGGGUGACGUCGGCGGCAAAUGCUCAUCGUGCAGGGCCGGACCAAAGGGUGAUAAGGGAACGAGCGGACUGCCUGGAAUUCCCGGAAAGGAUGGCGCACGAGGACCGCCUGGAGAGCGCGGAUAUCCCGGAGAGCGUGGACACGAUGGAAUCAACGGACAAACUGGACCGCCUGGUGAGAAGGGAGAGGACGGUCGCACUGGUCUUCCCGGAGCAACUGGAGAGCCUGGCAAACCUGCUCUGUGCGAUUUGAGUUUGAUUGAGCCAUUGAAGGGUGACAAGGGUUACCCUGGUGCGCCAGGUGCAAAGGGCGUGCAAGGAUUCAAGGGAGCAGAAGGUCUGCCUGGUAUCCCUGGACCCAAAGGAGAAUUCGGUUUCAAGGGUGAGAAGGGUUUGAGCGGAGCACCCGGCAACGACGGAACACCCGGACGCGCUGGGCGGGACGGAUACCCCGGAAUUCCCGGUCAAUCCAUCAAGGGCGAGCCAGGCUUCCAUGGAAGGGACGGAGCAAAGGGCGACAAGGGAUCAUUUGGCCGAAGCGGCGAGAAGGGAGAGCCCGGUAGCUGUGCGCUUGACGAAAUUAAGAUGCCCGCCAAGGGUAACAAGGGUGAGCCCGGCCAAACCGGCAUGCCAGGACCUCCGGGAGAAGACGGCAGCCCGGGAGAGAGGGGCUAUACCGGAUUGAAGGGCAACACUGGACCACAGGGACCUCCUGGCGUUGAAGGACCCCGCGGCUUGAAUGGACCUCGCGGUGAAAAGGGCAACCAGGGCGCUGUCGGAGUACCUGGUAAUCCUGGCAAGGACGGCCUUCGCGGCAUUCCCGGACGCAAUGGACAGCCUGGACCGAGGGGAGAGCCUGGUAUUUCGAGACCCGGCCCUAUGGGCCCACCCGGUCUCAAUGGUCUGCAAGGUGAGAAGGGCGACCGUGGUCCAACCGGACCCAUUGGUUUUCCCGGUGCCGAUGGCAGUGUGGGAUAUCCUGGAGAUAGAGGCGAUGCCGGUCUGCCCGGAGUAUCUGGACGUCCCGGAAUUGUUGGUGAGAAGGGAGACGUGGGCCCGAUCGGACCCGCUGGUGUUGCCGGACCUCCUGGUGUUCCUGGUAUUGAUGGUGUGCGUGGACGUGAUGGCGCCAAGGGUGAGCCCGGCAGUCCCGGAUUGGUCGGCAUGCCCGGUAACAAAGGUGACCGUGGUGCUCCUGGAAAUGACGGACCCAAGGGCUUUGCUGGCGUUACUGGUGCUCCCGGAAAGCGCGGACCUGCUGGUAUUCCCGGAGUUUCCGGUGCCAAGGGUGACAAGGGCGCUACUGGCUUGACUGGCAACGAUGGACCUGUGGGAGGCCGCGGUCCUCCAGGUGCUCCUGGACUGAUGGGCAUUAAGGGUGACCAAGGAUUGGCAGGCGCCCCUGGACAACAAGGACUGGACGGUAUGCCUGGCGAAAAGGGUAACCAAGGAUUCCCCGGUCUGGAUGGACCUCCUGGUUUGCCUGGAGAUGCCUCCGAGAAAGGACAAAAGGGUGAACCCGGUCCAUCCGGACUCCGCGGCGAUACAGGUCCGGCCGGAACGCCCGGUUGGCCAGGAGAGAAGGGUUUGCCCGGUCUGGCUGUUCACGGUCGUGCUGGUCCGCCAGGCGAGAAGGGUGACCAGGGACGCAGUGGAAUCGAUGGACGAGAUGGAAUUAACGGCGAGAAGGGUGAACAAGGUCUGCAGGGCGUUUGGGGCCAGCCUGGCGAGAAGGGAUCUGUCGGCGCACCUGGUAUUCCUGGUGCUCCCGGAAUGGAUGGUUUGCCCGGCGCUGCUGGUGCUCCUGGUGCUGUUGGCUAUCCUGGUGAUCGCGGUGACAAGGGAGAGCCUGGUCUAUCUGGUCUGCCCGGACUCAAGGGUGAGACUGGACCCGUUGGACUGCAGGGCUUCACCGGUGCUCCUGGCCCUAAGGGUGAGCGCGGUAUUCGUGGUCAGCCCGGUCUUCCGGCCACCGUUCCCGACAUCCGUGGUGAUAAGGGAUCCCAGGGCGAGCGCGGCUACACUGGCGAGAAGGGCGAGCAAGGCGAACGAGGCUUGACUGGUCCUGCUGGCGUCGCUGGAGCAAAGGGAGAUCGCGGAUUGCAGGGACCACCAGGUGCAAGCGGAUUGAACGGCAUUCCCGGAGCCAAGGGAGACAUUGGUCCAAGAGGCGAGAUCGGUUAUCCAGGAGUUACCAUUAAGGGCGAGAAGGGUCUGCCCGGUCGCCCAGGCAGAAACGGACGUCAAGGUCUUAUUGGAGCACCCGGCUUAAUUGGAGAACGUGGUCUGCCUGGCUUGGCCGGAGAGCCCGGCCUCGUGGGCCUGCCUGGACCCAUUGGACCAGCUGGCAGCAAGGGAGAGCGUGGUCUCGCCGGCAGUCCCGGACAACCAGGACAGGAUGGCUUCCCCGGCGCACCUGGAUUGAAGGGAGAUACUGGACCGCAGGGCUUUAAGGGCGAACGUGGUCUGAAUGGCUUCGAGGGACAAAAGGGAGACAAGGGUGACCGAGGACUCCAAGGACCGUCUGGACUGCCCGGCUUGGUUGGACAGAAGGGAGAUACCGGCUACCCUGGCUUAAAUGGAAACGAUGGACCUGUCGGAGCUCCUGGCGAGCGCGGCUUCACCGGGCCCAAGGGACGCGAUGGACGCGACGGAACACCAGGUCUGCCUGGACAGAAGGGUGAACCAGGAAUGCUGCCACCACCAGGACCCAAGGGCGAACCUGGUCAGCCGGGACGCAAUGGACCUAAGGGAGAGCCCGGACGUCCGGGAGAGCGUGGCUUGAUUGGCAUCCAGGGUGAGCGUGGCGAAAAGGGUGAGCGCGGCCUGAUCGGUGAGACUGGUAACGUGGGACGACCCGGACCCAAGGGAGAUCGCGGAGAGCCAGGCGAGAGGGGAUAUGAGGGCGCCAUUGGUUUGAUCGGCCAGAAGGGUGAGCCCGGUGCUCCAGCCCCCGCUGCUCUGGACUAUCUCACCGGUAUCCUGAUUACGCGACACAGUCAAUCGGAAACGGUGCCCGCUUGCUCGGCUGGACACACGGAACUGUGGACGGGUUACUCCCUGUUGUACGUCGAUGGCAAUGACUAUGCCCACAACCAGGACCUUGGAUCCCCCGGAUCCUGUGUGCCACGCUUCUCAACGCUGCCCGUACUGUCGUGUGGUCAGAAUAACGUCUGCAACUACGCCUCCAGAAAUGACAAGACCUUCUGGCUGACAACCAACGCCGCCAUUCCGAUGAUGCCCGUUGAAAACAUCGAGAUCCGCCAGUACAUCUCACGUUGCGUCGUUUGUGAGGCGCCGGCUAAUGUGAUCGCCGUGCACAGUCAAACGAUAGAGGUGCCCGACUGUCCGAAUGGCUGGGAGGGUCUCUGGAUUGGCUACAGUUUCCUCAUGCACACUGCCGUGGGCAACGGUGGCGGUGGACAGGCGCUGCAAUCGCCUGGCUCCUGUUUGGAGGACUUCCGUGCAACGCCCUUCAUCGAGUGCAACGGCGCCAAGGGCACGUGCCACUUCUAUGAGACGAUGACAAGCUUCUGGAUGUACAACCUGGAGUCCUCACAGCCGUUCGAGAGGCCACAGCAGCAGACGAUCAAGGCCGGCGAGCGGCAGUCGCAUGUGUCCAGGUGCCAGGUGUGCAUGAAGAACUCCUCGUAGGACCUCCAAUCCCAACACAGACACACCCACAGCACAGAGCAUAAGUUUAAUCUAAAUGUAAAGCCUUAAAAUUACCAACGAAUCGUGUGCACACCCACACGAUCACAACACAAACACAAACAAACAAACCAACACACACACACACAUACAUACACCGACGAACCAACACUGCUACAAAUUCCUUAAUCUAACCAAAAAGAAAAAAAAACGGAUCCACAAGUCGAAGUGCUAAUUACCGACCGACCUGGACCACAAUGCCAUUUUUUAUCUGCCAAUUAAUGUUCUAAACAAAUGUAAACUGCUUCUAAGUUACGUUACGUAUGUUAAGUAAAUGAAACAAAUAAAUAAACUAGCCUCGGUCGUAUGUCCAAAAGUAUAAAAUAAACUAUGUGCCAGCAUGUUCCAUUUAUUUUUGAAACCGAUUAAAUGCGAAACAAUGCAACAAAACGCGGUAUCGAACGAAUAUCGAACGAAUCGAAUCCUCAACUGCUAUACAAAACUUGUCGCAUAUCGUUUUAAAAUAAACUAAAAUUUAUAAAUAC